AUGGCUAGUAACAAAGCAACCGGGUCGGGCCAGCAGGCCGGGCUGGGGGGAGACGAAGCUGGCCCCAGCAGCAACCCGACCGCGGCACGCCGGUUCCCCCUGGCGGCUCAGCCGGAGGUCAUGAGAGCCGCCGAGAAGGACGACCAGUACGCCUCCUUCGUCUACGACGCUUGCCGCGACGCUUUCCGCCACCUCUUCGGUACUAGAAUUGCCGUGGCUUACCAGAACGAGACGAAGCUUCUUGGGCAAAUGCUCUAUUACAUAUUGACUACAGGGUCAGGCCAGCAAACCCUAGGAGAAGAGUACUGUGAUAUUACUCAGGUUGCAGGACAUUAUGGGCUGCCUCCAACGCCAGCAAGGCGUUCGCUUUUCAUUGUGUAUCAGACGGCUCUUCCUUAUAUUGCAGAGAGAAUUAGUUCGAGAGCUGCUAACCGCGGCAUGCUCCUUGCUGACUCCCAGUCUGAUGAAGUUUACAGCAUCAGUGCUUUGAUGAGCAAUGAAACACAGUCUUCUUCAGUCAGUCAUGCUGCGUCUUCCUCCGGACCACCGGUGUCUGUUUCAGCUCUCGGGAGAUUGAAGCAGAGACUGCAUGCGUUGUGGCUUUCUGCAGUUCGGAGAUGGCCUACGGUUCUCCCUAUAGCUCGAGAGUUUUUGCAAUUGGUUAUACGUGCCAACCUCAUGUUCUUUUACUUUGAAGGUCUUUAUUAUCAUAUAUCGAAACGCGCAGCAGGCAUUCGUUAUGUCUUCAUUGGAAAACCUUCUAACCAACGGCCUAGAUACCAAAUUCUGGGCAUAUUUCUACUGAUUCAGCUUUGUAUCAUCGGUGCUGAAGGACUACGGCGCAGCAAUUUAUCCUCUAUAGAAACUUCAGCUCAGCAGACUUUUGGUGCACACCAAACUUCAUCAGGUCGUGACUUGCUCGUGUUAAAUGAGGAAGGCAAUUUGAUAUCAGGCGAUGGGGCGAAGGGUAGUUGGGUUUCUGAUUCAUCAACUUCAGAGGUGAGCGGGAUCAGCAAAUGCACACUCUGUUUGAGCAAUCGCCAACACCCUACAGCCACACCUUGUGGUCAUGUAUUCUGCUGGAGUUGCAUUAUGGAAUGGUGCAAUGAAAAACCCGAAUGCCCCCUCUGCCGGACUCCUAUUACACAUUCGAGCCUGGUAUGCUUGUACCAUUCAGACUUCUAGGGAUAGCAGUUGAGCGGUCGAGCCACUUGUCCUGGUUAAAGAUAUCAGACAACCGUCUGUUACCGGGAAUAAUAGAUAGGUUAUGGUAGAAGAGAAUUGGGAAGCAAUGAGUUUUUAUCCCAAAUCUGUAGUCGCAACAAUCAAUGAACAAGCCAUGAGAUUGUAACAUGGUUUCCACUGAUACGUAGCACAACUUUGUAAUAUCCCUGAAGAGCAGAGGAGGGUCAAUUCUCUCUCAGUGAAAUAGUAGUCCACUACAAUAAAACUUAAUGUAAAAAAGUCACCCAUGAGACCAUGACAAAACAUUU